AGUGUAGACAAACGUCUUUAGUUAGGGGUCCAAGUCUACCAGAGGCUACUAUUAUCCGUAUUUCGUGUGUUUUGACUGUUAACCAGUAUAAUCAACAAUGUUCUUUGAAUAUUAACAUAAAGAUUUAUGUUGCUAAUGACACUGAUGUUGUUUCGGAUUAAGAACAAAUAGUUUUAGCAAUAAACUAUGAUCCCACGAUCGCUUACUUACUACUGCCUUAUGACACUAGUGGUCUCAUCCAGGGGCACUUGUAUCGUGUAUAUAUGCUAACCACUUCGAAAUCAAGCAUCGAAGAGAAGUGCUAGCCUCAUAAAGCUUGAUCAGCGAUCAUAAAAUGACAACAAUAACAGCUGAGGCAUCUGCCAACGAACGGUAUAAAAGUGAGCGUUGAUUCGCGGCGGCCAGUCAUAACGUGGAAACCAUCAUCAUGCUCAAAACUAUUUCAAUAUUGGCUUUGCUUGUUUGCAGCGCAGCUAUUAUGAUAGAGGCGAAGCCAAUUCUUAUCAAGGUUUUCGCUCCCAGCGGUUACUCCAGUGGCAGUUACCAAAGCGCAGUGUCUCCCUCGCCCGUCAACGCGCAGUUAAUCUCCAGCCUCAUAUCUUCAAAAAUUCAGCUGCUAAACAACUUGCUGCAGGCCAAGUCUUCCGCCGGUGGCUUUCGUGUUGGUUUGAAUAAGAGUGUCACUUUUUUCAGUUCCACAACCACAACGGAAAAGCCGGUAGCACACCACAGUAGCACUACGGAGGUAUACACAGACUUUACUUCGGAAGAUAGUAGCACUACUCAAAUCAUGUACACGAAAACCACAGAAGGUGCUAUCGAAACGCCGAGUCCAACAAUACAUCCCGAGCAUCCAGUCCCUACCAGCAUGACUUCAGUUUACUCAGUCGAGAGGACUACAUUGGUUCCGGAAGUUACCACCAAGUCGACCGCAACAUCUGGCUAUUCCUAUCCCAAUUUCCAUCCUGCCGGCUUCCCAUGACUAAGCCUAAGUUUAAGUUUAGGGGUACACUAUUCGGCAUAAGCAUUUAGACGAAUAAAAAUCGUGAAUAAUCAAUUUAACUUCAAAAAACUGAUCGAUCUUCUGAGUUAGGAAUGAACUGCUUUUUAAUAGACAACAUCUUUCAUUUUCGCGGAUGCGAUUCAAAACUAGUCGCACACUAGAUUUUAUAACAAUGAGCAGCUUUCUGCAAUUCUUGCCUGACUAGUGGUUAUUAGCAUAUAAACAGGUUUUUGAAAGAACCACACAUGUGUGUUAAAAAGCAAAUAUUAACUAUUUCAAUCAAUGUAUGCGUAUUUAAACUUACUGACAGAUUCAAGCGCAAAACACAAAUUAGUUUGUAGCUACAAAUAAAUUACUAUUUCAAGGCCACCUAUCGUGUCUGGGCAUACGCAACAAUUAACAAGAUAGGCAGAUGGCUACGGCAAGCAGAAUUUAAUAUGCAAG